UACUCGCCGUGCGCCCGAGGCCUACCUCUCUUCGCGUUCGCGUGGUUUUUUCUUCUUCUUUUUCUUCUCUCUUCAAUACAAAAAUAUUUGAAGAAAAUAAAAACAAAAUCCACGCAAGAUUUGCACCUCCCCCACCCGCCAAACCGAAGCCAAGUUUCCGUCGGCUCACAAAAUGGCAUGCGCAGCUGUGUUGGAACCGAGCAGGGACUUCCCGGCGUGGCUGGAGGCGCAGGGUGUGAACGCGGAGGUGGCCCAGGCCAUGGACUCGGAGCUGGGCAUCCGGGACUACGGGGUCCUGAGCGCCUGCGUCAGGGACGGCCUCGUGCGGGCCGAGCUGCUGGCCACGGCGCGCGACCGUCUGCCCUUCGGCUUCUACGCCGUGCUGCGGCAGGUGGUGAAGGCCCUGCAGGGUGCCGAGCCCCACGACACAGUUACACCACAUUGGGAUGACGCCGCCGCUUCCUCCCCUGGCGACGUGACGCUGGGAGGCCUGGUGGACGUGCUGCUCGCGUUGUUCAGCGGCUUGAGCCGGGAGCUGCUGAUGUCUGUGCGGAGGCUGGGAGUCAUGGACGGCCCUGACAUGGGCGUUGCUGUCUCCAGUCCACCUUGUGCAGGGGUUGAACACCAGGACUUGAUUGCUGUCGAAGAGGAGCUGCCCUCAGAGGAGAAGAGUCAAUUCUCCAAUAACGAUUGCUCCAUGGAGUUCAGAAAUUCUCAAGUCCAAACGAGCGUUACCGGAGGAGGCGGUGAUGGUGAACAACCAUUGGACGAGGGAGGGAACAGCCCUUCUACCGAGGCGAACUUCAGCCCCGUGUGGCAAGAGGUCAAAGUGGAGAGCUGCGACGCAGGCGAGGAGGUGCCCUGCCAAGCCAAGUUCUUCCUCGAGGAAGAGGUCCCCUUGAUGACGCCCGCUUGGAUGCAGCGGCAGGCGGUCGCCACCGUGGCCCAGGCUCGCCGCGUGGGGAACGACGCGAGAAAGCACUCGCCCAGGCUCGUGGCGACGGUGGCAGCGGCGGCAACGAUGGCGAACGGGGAAGAGCAUUUCCCCUUCGCCUUCGAGCGAAGCCUCUCGCUCGGCAGGACGAACCAGUCGUACACGCGCGGCGGUGGCGGCGUCGGUCUCGGAUCGCCACCGGGGUUCUUGAUUGAGAACGUCGCUUCGAUGCGGGCGGCGGUGGCGCCGCCGCCGGACAGGACGGCGAAAGGAUCGGGGUACGCCCAGUACCAGCGACACGCGGUCCGCGGGAAGCACGAGGCCGAAGGCAACGCGACCGCGAGCUCGACGCAUGUUUACCCCGCUGCGCGGGGCGACGCUGCGGAUGACGACGACGACAACGCAACGGUGGCUGCGGCGGUGGCGGCGCCGGAAGCGAUGGUGCCGCCCGAGGAGUCGAGGCCGUACCAGUGCCGGCAGUGCGGGCGGCAGUUUGCACGGUCGGAUGCGUUGCGGAAGCACAUGCGCAUGCACACGGGCGAGAAGCCGUACCGCUGCGAGGUGUGCCUGCGCCCCUUUGCGCACUACUCCAACUUUAAGCGGCACCUGCGGCUGCACACGGGCGAGAAGCCCUACAGCUGCGACGUGUGCGGCCGUGCCUUCUCCCAGUGCUCCAGCCUCAAGGACCACCGUCACAUGCACACGGGCGAGAAGCCGUACCGCUGCGAGGUGUGCGACCUCCACUUCUCACACCGCUCCAUCCUCUGGUCUCAUCGGCGCACGCACGCCGAAAUGGCGUGCGCGGUGGCCACCCCGGUACUGGAACCAAGCGGGAACUUCCCGGCGUGGCUGGAGGCGCAGGGCGUGAACGCAGAGGUGGCCCAGGCCAUGGACUCGGAGCUGGGCAUCCGGGACUACGGGGUCCUGCGCGCCUGCGUCGGGGACGGCCUCGUGCGGGCCGAGCUGCUGGCCACGGCGCGCGACCGCCUGCCCUUCGGCUUCUACGCCGUGCUGCGGCAGGUGGUGAAGGCCCUGCAGGGUGCCGAGCCCCACGACGCUGGGACGGCGCGCUGGGACGACGCCGCUUCCUCCCCAGGCGACGUGACGCUGGGAGGCCUGGUAGACGUGCUGCUCGCGCUGUUCAGUGGCUUGAGCCGGGAGCUGCUGAUAACUGCGCGGAGGCUGGGAGCUAUGGACGGAACUGGUGUGUACAAUGAAGGUUCCUCUAUGCUCAGCACCGAAAUUGAGCCUCAGGACUUCAUGCCAGAGGAUGCGUUUCCUCCAGAAGAGAGGAACGAGUACUCAAGUCACGCACAUGGCGACAUGGAGUUUAAGAAUUCAGAGGCCGGAACAUCCGUGCUUGGAGACGAAGAGGAAGAUUGCGAGCGACCCGUGGGCGAGGGAGUGGAGGAGAGAUCGCCCCUGGAGGUCGCCUUGAGGCCUCCUAUCGCAUGGCGCGUCAUCAAAAUGGAGGCUUGCGACAAUAAGGACGUGAAGCGUUUACCAGGCAAGAACGAGGAGGAUCAGUCUGGGUUGCUCAUCGGAAAUGUAACGUCGCUCAAGACCGUCGAACAACUCUACCCUCGGCCAGAAUUCUCGAGGAACGCGCAGUGGUCACAGCAGUUACUAGCGUCCGGGGUAGCACGGGGCAUCGGUGGGAACAUUGGUGGGAACGUAGCACGAGGCCCCGUUGCUUUCUCCGUUGACGCAAACUCGAUGCGCCUACCAAGGCCGCCCAACGCAACGGGCUGCGUCUCGGAGCAGAGUUUGGCGAGCUGGCGGGCAAUCAUGCACUCCGCGGCGGCGGCGGCGGCGACGACCGUGCCAAAUGGAGGCAAGAGCCAGCACGGGCAGUACGUGUGCGAGCUGUGCCAGCGGAGGUUCGUGAGAAGUGACUACCUGCAGAAGCACAUGUACACGCACACGGGCGAGAAGCCGUACCAUUGCAAUGUGUGCGGCCGGGGCUUCUCCCAGCGCACCAACUGCCAGCGGCACCAGGGCCAGCAUUUGAAACCCAAGUGGUGAGACCUGAGGGAGGAGAUGUUGGUUAUCGAGCCCUGCCCCGGUUUCGUGUAUUGUCCUUGACUGUGAAGAGAGAAAAAACGGAGGCACUGGCCCCCCGAUUCUCAUCUCGAAGAUUAUCAUAGCGGUUCGCCAAAUUGUGCGGAAUUUUGAGCACCAUUGGCUAUAUUUUGCAGAUUUUUUUUUUAUGCUGCUGAUCAGUUUGUUGAACAUUAACCACCCAGUUUUCAGUCUAUUGGCAGUUUCACCUGCCCAAUUGAUCGGCAAGUGAAGAGGCAGUGAGAAAGUUAGGGCUGAGGCAAGCGCAUGUAAGGGUAGCAGGCAUGCUUUGGAAUUGUCGGAUUUCUAUCUUCACAAUAGCUAAGCCUACUGAUGUCUGGCCCCGCCACAGCUGCUAUAAGUAGAUGGAUUCAGGUAUGUGUCUGCGAACUACUGGCCGCUGACGAGUUUAUUUUAUUAAAGCCUUACCGAGCCUCUUAGUUCUUGUUUCAGGAGGGUCCUGCCAAGUUUUUUCACACUAGUCUUAUGAUUGCUGUGCAUAAUCCCAAUUGAGUAAAUUGCGGAUAAUUGUGCAGAUUUGGAAAACUUGGACCGUGUACAACAUCCCUGGGAUUCUUUUAACGCUCCCCGCUGCGAAGUAAACGGCUCGUGUGUAUUUCCUUUCAUGGUUAAUACACCCGCAGUAAUAACCAGGGCGGCCGCUUAUUUACAACGGUGAACUUCGGCGACAAGCAGCUGAAGCUUUGCCGCUGGGCCAUGUCCACCGCCUGGCGGCGAGAGUGCCAGGUGAGAGCCUGGGGCAGCCUGGAGUCGGCGGACCUUCAGGAUCAGAAUCUUUAUUUAGACUGGAGGAGGAAUACGAUGAGCUAUGAAGCUAUUUUUUUCAACAGAUGUCCAAUACGGGUGCGGGGUCACCAAGUUAAGACGGCAAGCAUACAAAACAAAUGAUAGGAGUGAAAAAUAGAGACAAAUGGUAAGCAAGUCGCGAAAUAUAGUUCAUAAAUUAUUUGAGUCCGACUUAUCAAGAUCGGGCAAGGCACGUCAACAAAACGGUCCCAGACCACACCAAGAUAACACCACUGUAGUAGUCCCUCAAUAAAAUGGCACAUUAACAUUUAACUAUAAUACUGGCAUUGAUCUUGACGCCGGGGCAUUCCACCAUUUGCCGGCAAGUGUCCACCGCGCCCGUGCCAUGCUAGGUGCACUCUACUACCCUUGCACACACUGCACUCUCAUGCAGUACAAUGUGAUGUCACACAGCUGCUCGAGGGUACCGUACAGCAAGAAGUUCCCUGCCUUAUUUAUACUUACACAAUUCUCAGUGCACCUUGAGAAGCUUGUGGUUCUACCCACAUUUAAGAAGGCAUGCAGGAUAUAACUGAUUUAUUAUCAUUGGUUAUUUUGUUGCUAUUACUGUUACUUUUGUUAUUAUGCACAUUAAUGUUAUCUGUAUUACAAUUGUUAGUAUUAUUCACGUUACUACUGUAUUACAUGCAUUGCAUGUUAAGAAUUCCCUCUAUGAAGUGUGUGAGUCAGAUAAUCACUCAAUUAGGUAUUCCAGGGGACAUCAGUGGGAACCACGGUGGCGAGAUGUUAACUUCCUCGUCUGGUAUGCAGGAGGUCGUGGGUUCGAUCUCGACCCUGACGCCUGCGUAUUUGGAGUUUGCAUGUUCUCCCCGUGGUCGUGUGGAUUUUUUCUCAGGGUCCUCCUGGUUUUCCCUCCACAUUUAGAAUCAACAUGCGUUGAGAGAUUUUUUAGCUGCUAUACAUUUUCGCACGAUAAGCCACCUUGUUGAGCUCGCAUUUGUGGUCAGGUCGCUUUGGAAAAAGAGCUAUAUAUAGCUCAGUGGGCUUUACCUGGUAAAAAAAAAAAAUUGGGUCUUUCGGUAAAGUCACGUAGAUAGGUGGCUAUGUUAAUGUGAGAGAUUAGCAUGUUAAUGGCAGAUUGCUGAGCAUCCUCCAGUCACAAAAGCUUUUAAGUCAAGAUUUAAAAAAAAAUAGUUUAGUAUAGUUAAUUUGCAGAACAGCCCUCACCAUCUCCCCCCACAGAGGCUGAGUGCUUUUGCAGAUGGGAGAAGGUAGCCUGCUGGUCAUGUAGUCCCUUUGGACUGCAAAAUCCCAGUCGGUGAUUUGAGAUAAUUCCGUGGUGCAUUCUCAUGUCACGACACAUCACAAAACUACUGAGCUAUAAAGAAGCUGCCCCACCGUGAUUUGCCUUCGAUACAGCUACGCGGUUUAUGAGAGGGUCAGCUAGCAGGCCUGGCGAGUUGACAGGCCCUCCCUCCAUCACUCCACCCAAUUUUACAUAGCCACACCCACUUAAUCACUAGCACCGCCUUGCUCUUUCCGACGGGCCCCCAUCUAUUGCUAAUGGGCCUUGGCCUACUCUGCCAACCCCCACCCACUACUCAGGUAGUUCCACCCUUUGCCCAUAUAAAUUAUUUGAGCUUGAGGUCAAAACAUUUUUUACUGGGACAAAAUCCCAAUUUUCACAAAUGCUUAGGGUGGGGAAUGCGGGGAUGGGGACAACGGGACAAACUUUCUGAAACUGUGGCUAUCCCCGCCAAACAUGGACGUUUGGUAGCUGUGACCAUCGAGUAUCUUGUACCUUUUGUAGCCCAGGAUUUAGAAUUUUAUAUACUUUUUUUUUUAUCUAACGUAUUUGUCAAGAUAGGAAUCGGGAAGAUUUACAAUGUUAUCGCUUGAAUACUGGAUUUUAUCUAGGGUACAAUAUAAUUAUCUUUUAUAUAAACCAGAUAUCCAAUAAUUUUGCGAACCAAUUACCUGCGAGUCUCUGUAAUUCACGUAUUUAUGACGGUUCGCGACUUAUCUCAUAAUCCUCGGCAUGCCGCGGCGGAUUGAAAACGCUUCGUAGGCCACAAGCAGUGAUCCGUAGAAGUGAGCUGCAGCUAACGUGGAGCUGUAGGAGAGGAGCUUCAGGGAAACGUGGAGGCAAUUUUUUAAUUUUCCUUUGCAAUAUUCAUUACAUCAGCGCAGACUAGCUGUGCCGACGUGAAUUUUAGUUUAUUUAUGGAAUUGCGUGGCUAAUUGCUCCCAUAUAGGUCUAACCUCCGUGGUGGACUGCGGAUUAUAGGAUCCGUGAUACAGUUCCCCCCAUAACAACACGGGUUAUUGGAUUCCUGCUGUGGUUCUCUUCAUGCACAGCAUUUUAAUUGGAAGCUUUACAAUAAAAAAAUGACAAGCCAAUGGCUAGUCAAGCCAGCUCAAGUAUAAGCUAAUCUUAUCGAGGAUAAGCUCAUGCAGAUAAAUACUUUAUUUAAACUUGAGACAAUAAGGUUUGUCACGUAAAUAAAACAUGCCAAUUCGUUACUCGUGUAGUGACUAACUCGGAGAUGAUAAGACUUGGAGGAACUUUUAUUUAACGAGCACCAUCGGUAUAACACACACCGUACGUGGGUACACACUCUACAGUCACUCGCCUAUAGACAACUCUACGUGGGUACACACUAUUACUGUUGCUAGCCUCUACAUAACACUAACCGCCUAACACGGCGCUGAACCGAGACAGCCAACAACUAUCGAGCAGCACAAUAUCGAGUGAAGACGACAGCGACGAGACGACAGCGACGAUGACGAUGAUCUUGAACAGCACGACGGGGAUCCCACUCCAACAACAGCCACAAGGUCUCUCACAGGGGCCCCUCUUAUACUCUCCACCUGGCCUUGCUCCGCCCCGGCUACACCCCCUCUCUGGAACCUACUAGCGGGUUCCCGAUGGGUCCCCCUCUGUGACCUUUCCCCUAGAUGACCCCCUCUCGUGUCUUUCAUGGCCUGCUGACUUCAAUACUGCCGUACACCACAGUUCCCCUUUUUCGCCAGCAGCCAGCACUAUGCUCUUUUUGCGCGAAGUGGGGGGAGGGGUUAAUUAAUGUGUUGUGGUGCAAACUACGACGCAGAGGCAGGUGAGUUGUAGGGGGCUCACGGCGAGCUGGCGGGCCCGGGGCAGCCGACGUAGCGGAGCUCCGGGCCUUCGAGCCCACACGGCGUCGCAGCCUCAGCAGAGAGGAAUCCUCCAUCUGCAACUUGGACCAUACCUCCCGGGGGAGUCCCAGGCCGAAAUCAACAGGCAACGCCACACCAGGAGGGGGCGGUGCUUCGGCCGAUGCGACCAAUUGGGCCGCGGUGUCCAUUGGGGCCUUAGCGGCUGGAACCCAGGGCACAAGCGGGCCCGCCGUCCGUAUGCAGUCUGGAAAGGCCAUCUGCAUUCCCAUGCUGAGUCCCCUUCCUGUGGAUGACAUCGAAGGGGUACUCCUGGAGCAUCUCGAGCCAGCGGGACAUCUGACCCGAGGGUUGGUCAAUUUGCAUGGAAUACUGCAGGGCUGCAUGGUCAGUUCGAACGGUAAACCGGCGACCAUAUAAAUACGGCCGGUAGAGCUGGACAAAAAAAACAAUAGCAAAUCUAGGGUCGAAAGGAACCGCGCACCUGAGAGAGCAUCCAGGGAAUCAUCCAUGCGAGGCAAUGGAUAUGCACCGGCCACCGAAAUCUUGUUUAGUUUGCGGAAGUCUUGACCAGAAAAAUGGUCGGUACCCCACGGGCUAGUGGAUGGGGAGAUGAUGUCCGCCGCCAACAUCUCGUAAACUGCGGAGCGGACAUGAUCCUUUUCUGCCGGGCUAAAGCGGUGCGAAUUUAGCCAAAUAGGGGCCGAAUUGGCCGUAUCAAUGUGAUGAUGCAGAAGAAUGGUACGACCCAAAUCGAAUUUACUCUGGCUCAACACAUCGGCGAACCUGACGAUGAGGUCGCGGAUCCGCUGGCGCUCCGUGGAGGACAACGAGACACUCUCGUUGCACAACGCAUCGAUCCACAAUGCGUCGAUCCUCUCUUCGGGCAGCACGCCUGCCACCACCCCUCCCAGCGGCCUAGCGCCAUCGGCCGAAGGGCCCGGGGUGGCGUGUGCUAACACCGUACCUACCGGGACGACGAUCGGCGAGGGCCCCGAAUUCAGGACCUGUAAAAAAAGGUCCCGGCCCGCUGACACGGCCGUCAAGGCGCCCACCAACCCGUCGGACGUAGAGAAAUAAUUGGAGGGAGACAGGAGGAUGCUUGUCUCCGGGGACUCAAAUUUCAAUGGACUGCGCAGCCUGAGGGGUAGCAAGACCUGAGACCCAGGUGGAACCGUGACACGCCGUGGUCAGGGCCCGCACACUAGCGGCUAAGGGUGUCAACACAGAGGGGGAUUGCAGAAAAUGCAACCGCCCUCCCGACGGCAUUUCCACGAACCCUUGGUCGACCAGGAUCUGCACGGGCAUCCUGGCCAAAAAAUUUGUCCCCAGAAGGCACGGCACCACCAAGGUCCUUGAGACCAUAAUGGGCCCACCAAUUCAAUUUCGCCGAGUGCGAUGGAAGCGACGACGUGACCCAUAAUAUCCAGGCUGCCCCUGUUCACGGCCACAUAAACCCCGCGAACCGGACGCAGCGGGCCGAUGCUGCGUGGCAGCAGCCGAUAAAUGGUCUCCGAAACCAUGGUGGCAGAUGCACCUGUAUCCACCAGGAUCCGCACAUCCACCCCCUGCACGCAUCCCACAACGGCAGAGGACCCCGGAGCGGCAGCCACAACGCGAUGCGCGAGGGCCCUCCACUGGUGGGUCCGUCUGGGCCACCCAACCGAUGUGCACGACCACGCGGCCCCCGAGCCCGACCCCUUAGAGAUGAGCCCAUGAGUUUGGACCCUAACCCCGCUAGGUGCGUGAGGUGAAGGGAGCGGCCGCGCGAUUGAUGCGUCGUGACUCGCCUGUGGGCUCAGAGGUCCCGCCAUCGGAGACCCCGUGGCAGGAGGGGACGCCCGUACGUAGGCCCCGGGGGCGUUAUUACAGCCCCGCUCGAAGUGGCCCUGCUGUCCACAUCAGAAGCAGGUAACCUGCCCCGCACCUUGUGGACGAGGAAGUCCCGCCCGCCACCGCCUCUCCGGCUGGCGAGCAUCGGCGCUCCUCCCGCGGCGGUCGAAGGUGGCCACGGCCGUAAGGGUGCCCUCACCCUGGGCCGUGACCCCCGCCGGCAGUAGCGGGACGCCCGCGCACGCCGCCAACGUGGCGGAGCGUCGCAGAGCAAGGUGCACUUGCAUGUUAUGCGCCACAGCCAGCGAUGUUAUCUUGGCCUCCUCCGGGAUGGACAAAACGAUGCCCAGCUCACCCGCGAGGGCAAGCAGCCUCUCGAAGGCCAAGGAAUCCAAACCCCUCCCCUCCAGGUCGGGGUAGGCGGCUUUAGCCAGUGCCAGUAGCGAGCACCUGAACGCCAAGGGCGACUCCCCCUCCUCCCACCGGCACGUGGAGAAUUUGAGGCGUGCGCUCGACGGCGGCUCAAAUACAGCUGCAAUCUGCGGGAUACACGGGUCCCUAACACAGAGGGGUAGCGGCCCCUCUACCCGAUACCCAAGGAGGUAUAGCUUCCGGGCUAAUCACUGGGACUACACUCACGUUCCUCCGGCUAAGGGGACCUAGGGGGAGGCUAUCUGACCCGACCCAGCCAAGGUCCUCGGGUCCCGACCACUGGCCCACUCGGUCCCGGCCCUUAGAAGGACGUCGGGUCCCGGGGGUUUCCAGGGUCGACCACUGGCCCACUACAGCCCGGCCCUUAGAAGGACGGCGGGUCUGGGGGUUUCCAGGGUCCUAGCCUAGCUGGUCUUCUUCAGCUUGACGAAGACCGCCGGACUCGUCCAGAGGUCCGGCUUUUAUACUCGUGCCCGGGUCUCUCCACCCCUGGCCAUGCCCCCCUUCUGGAACUCUCUCGGGGGCUCUGGAAUAUCCCCCCCAACCCCUCUCUUGGGGUUGGGAGAGCCUCGUGUCCCAACGGCUCGGCUCAUCCUGCCUAUCCCGGGUUACCACCCCCUAUGGACACAUGUGUGCUACUACAGGUAAGUGUCCAUAACAAUGCUAUAUACAAUGCCUGACACCGAUGCUACACGUAUAAAUGAGUGGUUAUCCAUUACCCUUUAGGUUAUUUAUAUGGUAACACUUAGUAACACCAUUUCUGACUUUAUGUGAAGGAAUGACACAAAUGCACACGUUUUCUCAAUGAAAAUAGGUAAAUUAAAAAAUAUCACUGUCUUGGUCACAAAAGCAAGGUUUGUGGGGAAUAAUAGCCAUUUUACGUACUUUUGAGGCAUAAGCAAUUAGGAAAUAACACUUACUACCCAGGAACAAAAACAUUAUAAAUUUGUUACACAGUGUUAUUAAUGGAGUGGAUUAUUAACUUCGCUUUUGUGUCCUGGUCACAAAAGCAAAGUUUGUGGGGAAUAAUAAUAGCCACUUUCUGUACUUUUGAGGCAUACGCAAUUAGAAAAUACCACUCACUACCCAGGAACGAAAAAAAAUGGGCGUAUAUUAUACACGCGCAUUAUGCGAGCCCAUUGCUUUUGUAUAUCCUGUCGAUUGUGUGUACUAAAAUAGCCGUACCAACGGUAAUCCCUAUUGAAGUAUGGUGGCCUGUAUAGGCAUGCAUUUAAAGAAUGUAUUAUUUGAUUAUUCGCUUCCAAGCAGCACUAAGUCUGUAACUAUCCGAACAGUUAAAAUUUUACGGCUAUUUUAGUACACUCAAUCGACAAGAAGUACAAGAAGAAUGGGCUCGCAUAACGUGCAUGCAUAGUGUAUGUUGAUUACCGUAUAAAUAACCCAUAUGGCAAUGGAUAUCCAUAGUCAUUUAUAAAUAUGCAUUCAUGAAUCCUCUCCAAACUUCGCGCAAGAAGAGCACACAAGUGUUGUCAUCACAUCUACCCCUCUAUUUAUGGAAAGAAACAGGAGAACUUCUCCAUGAAUCUGGCUGUCGUCUGAUGAAGCUAGUUGAAAUUACUGGUGAAACGUCGUACUCAGAUUGUAAAUGUUGUGGCUUGGCUCUCCAAACUACCGGUGUGCUGUACUAGUGACGAAUUGACACGUUCUAUUUACGUGGCAAACCUUACUAAUUGGUUGUGCCGGGUGGUGGUGGGUUUAACGACACAUUUAUAUAUUUACGCGAAAGCCUACGUGUUAAACCGUUUUAUAAUGGUUACUUAUAAUUUGCAUUGGAGAGAAAACCGGGGUUCCUGAAGAAACCCAGUGCACAAUAUGGGAUUAGCACUAUAUCGAUACACCUAGGUAGUGACUCAAUGCGAAAGCUGGGACUUAAAAUCCUGGUCAGGGAUUAACAGCCAAUGAUCUUUCCAGGGUGAAGCCAACAAUGGUUAUCGUUUGGAAAGAGUGACCCCCCCUCCAAAGGAAUGUGGAAUUUCCACCAAUGGCUCUGCUGGGCUGCUAAAUGGAGAUUUGUUUUUAUCAGUCAACAUUUUGGGGACAGCGACGCUGUUCUCACCUUUGGGAAGUGUUGAAGUGGAGACAUAUGGCUUUGUUUUUCUCAAGGCAGAAAUAAUAUUUCAAAAUUCUCCAAUGCUGAAGUCUGUUACUUUCACACUGUAUACGCAUUGCUCAUGUGCAGUUUGAACUUUGUUCUUAACGCAUUUUUUAAACACAAUUAAAUACAAUUUAAGACUCGAAACAACGUGCAUUUGAUUUUUUGUGUGUCAACGAGGACAUA